AUGCCAUACAAUGUGUCGUUGGGGCAUGGGAAUCUCACCGCGCUCCCUGACUUCGCCGUGUGGCACUUCUAUACUGGGAUUGCCGUGGCGAUAGUGUACGCUAUUAUUAUUUUGGUCGGCUUGGUUGGGAACAUCACACUCAUCCGGACGUUUUGCACUGUGAAAUCCAUGAGAAACAUCCCCAACCUGCUCCUGUCCAGCCUCGCAUUGGGCGACCUGCUCCUCCUGGUGACCUGCGCUCCGGUGGACGCGACCAGGUUCCUGGCGGAGGAAUGGCUCUUCGGCAGGGUGGGCUGCAAGCUCAUCCCGUUCAUACAACUCACUUCGGUGGGGGUGUCCGUCUUCACCCUCACUGCACUGUCUGCUGACAGGUACAAGGCCAUCGUCAAGCCAAUGGACAUACAGACGUCCCACGGCAAGAUCUGCCUUCGCGCCGCCAUUAUCUGGCUGCUGUCCAUGGCCUUGGCCGUCCCCGAGGCCGUCUACUCGGACCUUCACGCCUUCCCCCUCGCCGACACCAACGACACCCUGGUCACUUGCGCCCCCUACCCCCAUGCGGGGGACCUGCACCCCAAGAUCCACUCCAUGGCCUCCUUCCUCAUCUUCUACGUCAUCCCCCUCUUCGUCAUCUCCGUCUACUACGUCUUCAUCGCCCGCAGCCUGAUGAAGAGCGCCUCCAACAUGCCUGUGGAGGGAAACGUGACCAUGAUCAAACAGAUCGAGUCAAGGAAGCGGCUGGCCAAGACCGUCCUGGUGUUCGUGGGCCUGUUUGCCGUCUGCUGGCUGCCCAGCCACGUCAUCUACCUGUACCGCUGCUACCACUACUCGGAGGUGGACACCUCCAUGGCACACUACGUGGCCAGCGUCUGCGCCCGCAUCCUGGCCUUCACCAACUCCUGCGUCAACCCCUUCGCCCUCUACCUGCUCAGCAAGAGCUUCCAGAAGCAGUUCAACCGCCAGCUGUGCUGCUGCUGCCCUGCCAGAGGGCUGCUGCUCCCUCGCUUGCAGAGUGCGGGCCGUAACAACACGCGCAUGACGUCACUCAAGAGCACCAACCACUCGCGGGCUAGCUUCAGCAUCGUCAAUGGCAACCAUGCUCCGCACGAAGGUUGCACCUGA